AGGGCCCCUCGGUCUGUCAGUGGCGGCUGCUGCCUGCUCCGGAGGCAGGCUGCGCGGUGGCGGCCCAAGCUGGCAGAGGUGGAAGCCAGCGCCGGGCUUUGCCCGCGUCUUGAAGCCUUUCAACAUUUAAGAGGGUCCUUAACUAUCCCUACUUUGCAGAUGAAGAUAUUGAGUAACUGAGCUGUGAAAUCCUUUGGACAAUUGAUGAUAUUUAUCAUUGUGCUCAGUUUCUACAAAUAAAAGAUGGGUGGAUUAUUUUCUCGAUGGAGGGCAAAACCUUCAACUGUAGAAGUUUUGGAAAAUAUAGAUAAGGAAAUUCAAGCAUUGGAAGAAUUUAGGGAAAAAAAUCAGAGACUACAAAAAUUAUGGGUUGGAAGAUUAAUUCUUUACUCCUCAAUUCUCUAUCUGCUUACAUGUUUAAUUGUAUACUUGUGGUAUCUUCCUGAUGAAUUUUCAGCAAGACUUACCAUGACACUCCCAUUUUUUGCUUUCCCACUGAUCAUCUGGAGCAUAAGAACAGUGCUUAUUUUCUUCUUUUCGAAGAGAACAGAAAGAAAUAAUGAAGCAUUGGACGAUUUAAAAUCAAAGAAGAAAAAAAUACUUGAAGAAGUCAUGGAAAAAGAAACUUAUAAAACGGCUAAAUUAAUUCUUGAAAGGUUUGAUCCAGACCCAAAGAAAGCAAAGGAGUUUGAGCCGCCAUCUGCUGGAGCAGCUGUAGCUGCAAGACCUGGACAAGGUAAAUAACUUUGUACAAACUGCUGCUGCUGUUGGAAAGAUCCAUAUUU